AUGUCAAAUAACGUAGGCGAGCAGAGUGUGUUGGAUAAUAUAAUAGGCAUGUACACAAUCUACGUGACUUUUAUGUACGUCAACAUUUAUUCUCUGAAAUAUAAGAUCUUACUCAAGUCGGUCAAAACUAUUCAUAAUGAUAAAUUGAUAUUGCAUCGAAAAAUAAGUCAAUACAAACUCACAUAUACGCGUUUAGUUGAAGUGGAAAGAGAAAUAGAACAAGGUGUUGCUAGCACCGUUUUACAUGCGGCGAUACAAUCUCUAAUUAAAUAUAUGUACAUUUAUAAACCGAAUAUGGAAUUCGUGAAAUUUAAACAAAUUAUUUAUACUCAAGAAUUGAUGAAAUGUAUACCGUACAUUGCAAAUGAAAACGGUAGUUAUAUGAAUAUGGGUCCAAAUGAAUAUUCUCUGAAUAACGAGAACAAUUUAUACGACACAAUUGAUGUGAACUCAUUUGCCGACAAAACAAUGCGUAUAGCUAAAGGCCAUUACAUCCAGUAUAAUUACGUCCCUAUUUUUCACCUGAAACCAGUUGACGUACCGAUUCUAGAAGAUAUCAUGGAAUUGGUAUCUAAUCGACAAAGUAUUAAUAAUCUUUACUUAAAAUAUAAAAACGAUGUUCAAGAAGGACGGAAGGCAUUAAGCUUUAUUGUGAAUAACAGAUAUUUAAAAUUGGAAUCGCUUCGUUAUCGGUUGUAUAUUUACAUGUUGCGUCAAAACAGAUUUCAAUCGUAUCAUAAUAUUAAUGGUUCCGGGUAUAAAAAAUAUAACGUAAGGAAUAAAAUCAAUGCUUUACAAAACUCAAUGUCUAUAAUAGAUGUUGCUAUUCAUUUACUCGAAAAAUCUAUCGUGCCUUAUCAUAUGGAUGUCGACUUUGUAUUUUCAGGAUGUAAAGAAUCGAAACAAACGUUCGGUGGAGAAACCACACAUUUAUAUACGAAUGAUGGCAUUGAAUUGGAUGUAUCGCACGGUAGAUCUGUACAGGAAAUGGAAAGUAUAAUAAAUACGUUAUCUAAAAGUGCUCGGAAAAAUAGACUCGAAACGAUGUUUCAACCGUACAUACAUCAAUUUGCAGAAUUAGUACGUAGAGCGCAAGAUAACGAUAUUCAAUUACAACGUCGUCAUAGAGUUGCAAUAGGUUGGGGGGACAACGAAUAUCCCAAGCGAACUGCCUCUAGUGAACUUUUAAAUAUAUUAAAGGGCGUUAAUCCAGAUUAUUUGGACAUCUUAAAAACCAAAUAUAUUGAUAAUGUAAAAAGUACUUUACUAGCGUUAGAUCAGACUUUAGCGAAUUAUAAAGUUAAUCAGUAUGGUACGGAUGCUUUACGGUGCGAUCGCGAUGCUGUCGCAAAAGAAAUUCAAAAGCUUGAGAAAUUCAGUCUAUCCAAUUUAUACGACGACAGAAAUGACAAUAGCAUAAAUUUGGCUCGUAAAUGGAUUAUAAACGAAUACGCAAACUAUAUGGAAAAUAUAUUGCACACUAGUCGCUCAAUGUUAGAUGAGAUGAAUAACAUGACUCGGUACAAUAUCGAAACCAUCGCUUCACAACACGAUAAGACGAGUACGCCAAUACCUCGUUCAAUGAAUUUUUUAUACCCGGGUAAAUACAUUGACCUAAUUAAUUUGGAAAAAACAACCACGACUGGAAAGAUGGCCAUGAUACGCAAAUCGAUUGUCGGUUUACACAUGCGUUCAUUAGACAUACUGCCUAUGGAAUAUCUCAUCUUGAAAUCCGAUUCCGUAAACUUAUUGGAAUAUAUUCGUGAACUAGACAUAGUAUUUGAACAGAAACCGAAUAGAUCAUACGUUGCCAUUGCUAUAUUUACAUUAGGAAUGAGUUUCGCAGAACGGAACAACCGGCGCUUAGAAAAUUUAGAUUCGUUAGAUACGUUCGAAUUCGUGAUGCAAAACACUUUCCAUUUGUGGAAAAACGAAGGUGUCGAGUCAAUGUUUCGACACCUCGAAAUACCGCAACGAGUUACGUUUGAAUUUUAUAAACUCGCAAGCACAACGAAUGAUCCCGAUCCAAUGCAGCAAAAUAUUAUCGAUCAUUUCGAUUAUCUAACCAAGAAUCAGGAAAGUCCAUUCCUAAAAUUAUACAAAGAGAUGUACGCUAGAGGAGACAUUGUAUAUUACAACAUAUUAGCCAUUGCUAAAGAUCGAAUGUACGACCACAUCACAUGUAUUAACGAAUUACACGAAUCUGCUUUCAAUAGUUUAGUGAAAGGUAUCGAAUGCUUAAAAACAUACACAGACAGUACUAAUGCGGCAUUUUCUUUAUCUCGUUGCUUAAUACGAUUACAAUUUCUACGAUCUACACGCGACGAUCUCGAUCAAAUUAUCCAAAUAAUGUGGACGACACUAAUUAAAGUUUUUGAAUCUUCGUUUAAUGACGAAGACGUAGUAAAUUUUAAAACACAGUACGGAUCGGCCGUAUAUCAGAUAUUAAUGGAAAUGAUAGACUUAAUCGGUAAUGUCUUUUCCGGUAAAAAAUUGCGUCAGGUGAAACCGUUUUAUAAAUGCUUCAUUCAUUUACAACACAUUCCAUACGAAGUUGCCAACGUGAUUUUAGAUUUAAUAUACAUUAUAUUGCACACCAAUUCCGAGCAAGAUAAAUUUUUCGAAAUUUUAUCCACAUUCAGACUUAUCGACGAAAAGGUAUCAAGUUGCGAAUUAGCCCGCAACGUGUGGGAUCUAGUUGCAACAGAUUUGAUUAGAGACGAAGAUACGCCAAUCCCUGUGGCAGGCGUGAAUUGUAGUCGUCAACCGCAUAUUAUUAACGAUAUACAGGCCUUAACGCGAAAAAUCUGUCAUCUCGUAACACUUCCAAGUCGUAAAUUUUUAUUAUCACAUAUUCCAAGCAGAUACGAAUUGGUCUAUAGUGAAUAUCGAUACGCGUAUUUGCCACGCGCAUUGAAAAAUAUAUUUGACGAUGCAUACUACUACUUCAAUUUGAAAAACGAAGCACACAAAAAUAUUUUUGAAAUUUUCAAUCUCAUCGUAACUUGUGCGCGCAAUCCUGAAAGAAUAGAGGAUAAUAAUUAUAAAGAUAUUUUCAGGUAUUUAUCCACUAGGUAUAGUCAAUGCGUCUUGUAUAAUACCAAUGUCUCAGAAUUAGGAGACGAAAAUCCCUUAAUUAUGUUAUAUUCAUCGCUAAAUCGUCUGAUGCGCUCUAUACACUCGACCACUUCGCGACAAAUUGUUUUCGAAAAUUAUAUCAAAGACAUGACUGCUUUGUAUCAACGACUGAAGGACCCAGACUCGGUGGUUGGACCUCGUACGCAUGCCGUUAUUUGUUUCGAAAAGUUUUUUCUCGACGACAAAAAACUCGAUGCACUCGCGUCAAUACGCAAACUCGUUUCGCUACCACCACUUACAGAAUAUCCAGAGAUUAAUAUUUAUAAUCAACGUCACGUAUUACAUUUAGCGUGGAAAUACAUAUUGGAAAUGAUUAGAGACGUAAAUACAAAUGUAACUCGCGAAAUUUUGAAACAACUCAGUCAAUACGUUGGUAGCAACGAAGAUCUCCCACUGAAUACCUUUGUGACGAGCACGCGUAAUUUGUUCAAUUACGUGGCUAGAGAUCAGAUUCAGAAUUGGAACGUUUGCGACAACGUCAUACUAAUGUUAUACGAUUACUGCGAGUUAAAAACGGUAUAUACCAGAACACCAGCUCAUGCAAUGGUGUAUCCGGCCGAAUUACAAAAUUUAUUACUCGAACUCGAAAACUCUUUAGACAUUCAUAGAUGUAGUGGAUUGUUUAUGCGAUACUUUUCUGGAUUGAUCAUGGUUUUUAAAGACUUUGCGAAAGAACUUUCACCAUUUACAUUAGUAAAUACUAAUUAUUCGAUUUUUAAGGAGAUACCUGAUGUGAAUGUGGGUACACCCGAAAGCCUGCACCUAUCUAUUCAACGUCACGAGCGUCUCUGUAAAUGGCCAAUGUCAUUCAUUUAUAAUAUAAACCAACAUAUCGAUGCCAUAUGCUCGGAAGAAACUGUUUUCAACAUUUUAACUACAAUAGUAAUGAAUAAGUUAGUAUUUUUUCCAUCUCCAUUUACGACUUUUGAUCAGACUUUAUAUCAAUGGAGUAAUUUCUUACACGACUCGAUUUGUCUAUACCCACCGAGAUUAUUAGACUAUUUAAAUCCGCGAAAAAUUGAAGAAUUCGAUCUCAAAUUAAAAAUGGGUUAUGCAAUACGCAUAGGAUAUAACAAUUCUAUACGGAAUGAUAAAAAUCCAAUCAUUGCAUUUAUUACUAAUUUCAUAAACAAUAUUGAAGCUAUUGACACAGAAUUAUUCGCCAACGAAUUGAGAAAAUUAAAGACAAGAUCUAAAGUAGUUGAGUAUUUGCACAUGUUAUCGAAUGUAAUUUCCAUUGAAAGAUCGUGCAUUCUAACGAAACUUUUACGAACAGAAUUUUUGAAUCGCCAAGAUUGGAUUGUUCGCUAUUUACGUCUCAUACUUAAACGCGCAAAAAAAGAAUCAUUAACACGCAUAAAUCACGAUUUUAUAAAUUCAAUAAAUGUUGCCCAAAACGACGAUCUAUUGUCGCCCAAUAAAGUAGAUACGGUACAAUCAUUAAAUCAUCUACUCUUACAAGACACACUACGUUUGUUUCUUAUACGUAAAAAAGUCUUGGGUAAACUGAUGACUAUCGAUGCAGCGUGGAAAUUAAUUUUACUGUCAAUGAGAGUCAAUGUGAACGUAAAUGACGACGAAUAUAAAUCGAUAUCUAAACACCACUCGUUAUUUAAUAGAAAGAUGUUAUUUCUCCUUAUGUCUCAGUACGAUAAUAACGAGAUGUUAAGUGCUAUUAAAUCGACCGACAAACUAAAUACUUUUACGGAAGUGGAUCCAUCUAUAUUGUCAUCGCAAACAAGUUUACAGGAUAGAGAAGAUUAUUUUAUGUUACACACAGCCAUAGUCGGUGCAGAAGAAGCAAUAGAUAUGAUGAGAGAUCACAUAGAUAACACGAAGGACUACGAUACUUUAGACAACGCGAUCGACGAUGAACUAGAACAGUUAUUAGGCGGUGUAAUCGACCUAGAAACGAUGGGAGAACAAAUAAAGCUUUGGUCAAUUUAUGUCAUGACGAUAAACUACGAGUUUUAA